CGGGGGGCGCCCGAGCGUGCGUCAGUCGCGCAGCGAGCGCUAAUCCACAAGUACGUCGGGUGGCGCUCCGCCGACCCGUUCGCGUGCUAGUGUUGUGUCACAACGGUGGGCCAAGUCGGUUUCGAGAUAAAUUCGUUCCGGCACACACCAUGGCUCUAAACUCUGAUAGUGAACAGAAAUCGAACCUGGUCCUGCGCGUGGACCAGGAUUCGGACUCGGUUCUACAGUCAUUGUUUGACACAGUGCUUAAACCAGACUCGAAACGACCGCUACAGGUGCCUCUGCGUAUGCGACAGCUUCCAAAGUCGUUCUUUAACCCGCCGUCGACCGGUUCCAAGUCACCGUCUGUGUCUCACUCGCGAGAGAACUCGGCCGACUCGGCGUUCGGGUCGUCGUCGGCGACAGGAGCGACACCAGUGUCGCACUCUAGGGCACACUCGUCGCCAGCGAGCCUGCAACAGACGUAUGCGGCCGGUCAACAGACUCAACAACCCCCUCUACACCACCAGCAUUCAAAACAAAGAUCAUAUGACGUCGGCUCACAUAUCCCGGACGAACUAGGGCCACUGCCAUCAGGCUGGGAGCAGGCACGCACUCCUGAAGGACAGAUAUACUAUCUCAACCACAUAACAAAGACGACAACAUGGGAGGACCCGCGCAAGUCCCUGGCAGCGCAGAGCGUCACCGCGGGCGUGCAGCACCAGAGCGCGGAGACCCUCCUCGCGACGCCGGCGGCACAGACGGUGCCCGCCGCGCCAGCACCAGCAGCGAAGAGUACAAGUAGUAACACGACAGACCUGGGACCGCUGCCCGACGGCUGGGAGCAGGCCGCGACGCCCGAGGGGGAGAUCUACUUCAUCAACCAUGCCGCCCGCACCACUUCCUGGUUCGACCCAAGAAUACCGCAGCACCUGCAGCGCACGCCGGCGGCGGGCGCGGGCGCGGCAGGCGGCGGCUGGGUGAACAGCGCGACGCUGCAGCAGAAGAUGCGCCUGCAGUCGCUGCAGCUCGAGCGCGAGCGCCUCAAGCAGCGCCAACAUGAGAUCAGAUUACAGCAAGAGAUGAUGGCGCGGCAAGCGUCCUCGUCCAUAGUAUCAUCCCUGACGUCAUCGGUGAGCGCCAACAGCGAGCCGGCGCUCGACCCCUUCCUCUCCGGCCUCAGCGAGCACCAGCGCCAAGAAUCCGCUGACUCCGGCCUCGGCAUGGCCGUAGCCUCCUACACGCCUGAAGACUUCUUGGCUAUGGACGACCGUAUGGACUGCAGCAGCGAGGCUGGCGCUGGACUGGAUACAGAUAUAGCGCUCACGGACAACCUCGACUCCACGGAUGACCUCAAUACUUUACAGAUGGGGGAAUUCACGGCAGAUAUAUUGUUGGACGACGUGCAGUCGCUGAUCAACUCGACGCCCAACAAGCCCGACAACGUGCUGACCUGGCUCUAGAGCCGGCUGCAGACGCGUGUAUAUCGUGUACAGACAUUACUAGUUGCGUGUGUUUGUGUGCUCGUGUGACUGAUGUCGGUACGGUGUGACUCACGUGUAAGUAACAGUAUUGUUUUUUUGAAGUCUCUGCAUUUAUUCAAACGAGAUAGAUUACGCUCUGUAUAAUCGCUUAACUUAACAGUGAAAGGGCAUUCGACGGCGCUUUCGAUUACGACUUCUGCGUUAAGUAUUAUAUAAUGUAUACUGUACAGUGUCCGUUUCGGUUAAGUGCAAAAUGUAAAGCUAUGGACAUUGCCAAGUAGGUACCCCUAGUGGUAGGCCAUGACUGUAAUGAUGGCUAGUCACUAUGUAAAGCGUCCUCGCCUGUGGAGCUCGCGCGCGCACGAGGAUAUGACUCGUAGUUUCGAUGCAAGCCUUCUUUCUUCGCCGAAAGUAGCAGUGUUGCAAUACUAAUAGUGAGCUAGGUUUCCAGUAAUCUUUAGCUUUAAGACUAAUGGAAAUCCUAUCCUUUCUUGACUAAGUAGGUAUAAAUGAACUGGAUGAGGUUUAAUCGACUUUAAAUAUUAAAAUUGUGAUAACAUCUCGAUAGAACAGUGCCUUGUUGUGCCUUUAUUAAAAUAUAUUUAUUGUGGUAUAUAUAUUAGGUAAAAUGAAAAUAUUUACAAGUGCAGUUUUUGAGGUGACGCCGACGUCACGCAAUCGGACAGAUCUACUUAUAGUGGGAAGUAUGUCGUUUCGCCUACCUACUUACACCGUCCUUGUGUAUUUUAUCGAGAUUAUAAAUAGGUACUCACCUGUACGCAUAAGUAUCUAUAGUUAUAUAGCUUAAUCGUAAACUAGAUAAGGAUCGCUGGCUAAAUUUCAAUUAUACACUUUUAUAAAUUAAAUUUGUUUAGAAUUUAAAAUAUGUGUAUGGGUGCAGCUAGCUAAUUAACAUUAGGGAAUAAAUGAAGAGCGGCCGAGUCAGUGCCUUAUCGUGAGCGCCUGUGCGGCGCACGCGACCCACUCGGUGCCGACCUGACUAUGAGUUGAAAGAUUAUCAUUUACCGCUACAUACUUAAGUAUUAUCGUCUUUACUAUAAUUAUUUUUCUAUCUUCUGAAUGAAGUUUGGUCAGAAAGGAAAAAUUGUGUUUUAGCCCACCUAGUCUUUAGAUUUUUUUUAAUGAAAUUUAAUACCUAACUCGAUUGAAAGUGCGACAAUAAAUUAGGACUUAAUAUGAAACGCUACAUUGAAAACUUUGCCAUAUUAGUGACGUACUAUUGUUAAUCUUAUAAGACUUAAUGUAAUCUUCGGUUUCUAUAAGCAUCUGUGUAAGUAUUGUAAGUAGACGUAACGGUGCUGGGUUUAUAGUACAUUUAACUUUGUAUUCUGUGGAUCGCCGUAUUUAACCUUUUCGCUGCCAAUGGCGAGACAUAUCAGGCAAAUAGUCAGUACAUUACAGAGUCAUAGAGACUGUGUUUGACAUGGCGCUGAAGAGGUUAAGUACGUCGUGUUCUGUAAACUUGGCCCACAUAUACUACGCUCAUAUUCUUCGGUUCAUUAUUCUGUACUCGCUAUUCAAAGUCUUACAUUAUAAUCACUUCGACAGGGCAAAGUGAAACGAUUGACAGUGUCGAUUAUACUGUAAUGCUGGCGCUAGACACGAUGUCAAAUACUAAUGCCAUCUCAGAAAUAUUUCGGUACGUGUGCAAUGUUUGAACACACAUCAACACUUACUGUUGUGUUGGCGGAGGAAUCGACGUGUAACUAUCUGAUUAUCUUAUGAAAUUUUACAAGUCACUCACCUAAAUAUUAGAAAAUAAAUCGACUGACAUACAAUCUAUAUUAGCUAAAACGUUCACAGUGCACAUUGUAGAAUUUCGUAAGACAACAGGUAGGUAUUGUAUUCCUAAGGCCUCUCUCCUGUUAUGUCUUCCAAAAGUGUUGCGAUGUUUGUUCGUGGCUGGCGCCCGCAUGACUCUGCGAACUGCCGCCCGCCGUGUCCGUCUUUACCAACACAGUAUACAAAAAACUGUAGUAGAUGUAGUAGAUGUGACGGCUGAACAAGUGUAAAUGUGUAAUUCACCAGUUAAUAUCGUUUAUUUUUCAAAUGCCUACUAUAGUUUAUCUGUUUGCACCUUCGGACACGGCGGCGCUCAUGCCGGAGCCACAAAAACAUUCCAUACAGCUAACGGUCCCCGCUUUUAUGUACACAGAAUAAUAUUCAGAACAAUAUUAUAUUUCAUAAUCGUUUAUUUCUUAAGUAGGUGUAGCCGUCAUAAGUUUAAUACAUAUCUUACUGGCUACUGGCCGACCGCCAAUGCGAGUUUUCUUUGUAGUAAGUUAUGUUUCGUGUAUCUAUGUUACGACAAUGAAAUUUAUGGUUAGAAAAUUAAUUUACAAUAAUUUCAUUGUAGAUAUUAGAUAUUCUUAUAUGAAUUAAAUAAAUAUUUGUUUUAAUACAUA